UGUAUGAUAAAAUGAAUACAAAUGAAUUGUAUGAAAAUAAAGAAAUUAUUAGAAAAUAUAAUAGAAAUUAUAAAAAUAAUUUUUGUUAUAAAUCGGUUGUAUUAUAUAACAAUGCAUGUGAUGAUGAAAAGUGGAAUAUUUUAAAAUAUGAGAACAAUAAUAUUUUUAUAUAUUCGAAGCAUUCCCCUUUUUUGUAUGAUAACAAAUUGUUGAUAUUACAAGAUGUAAGUGAGAAUGAAUAUCAAGAUGAUUGUGUAGGAGGUAAUUAUUAUGAUGAUAAUGUUGUUGAAGAAAAGAAAAAUAGUGAAAUAGAAAAUAAAUCAAAUAAUUAUAUAUCAACAACAAAAGAAAGAAGAUUAGAAGAAUAUUAUUUAAAAAAAGAAAAUAUAUAUUUACAUGACAAGAUAAAUUUUUAUGAAAUAAAUUUAUUGAACAAGUUUAAAAAGCAUCUAUUAAAUUAUUAUAAAUUGGAUAUAUUAAAUAGAGAUGAUUAUAAGGAAGGAGGUUUAUUAAGAGAAAAAUUGAAAAAGAAAGAAACUAUAAAAAGUAUAAAUAAUAUGAAUAAAAUAUAUAGUGUGAAUAAAAUAUAUAAUGUGAAUAAUUUUCAUUAUAAGAAUAAAAAUAAAAAGUUAGUUUUUUAUCAUCCAAUAUUACUACUAAAUUAUAUUAAGAUUGGUUUGUUUUCACAUGUACAUGUAUCGUUAAAGUUACUUUUGCAUAUAUUAUUAAAUAUAUUUUAUAAAGAAAGAACAACUUAUAAUAUUAAAAAAAAUUGUGCAUUACGUUUUAUUAUAGAAAAUAAAAAAUUAGAGAAGACACAUUAUAAUUAUCAAGACAUUUCUUGUAGUUUAAAGAAAAGUCAGUUUGUAUAUGACCUUAAUUUUAUUCACUGUGAAAUAUAUAACAUGCAUAAAAAUAAGAAAGAAAGUUUGUAUAGUUCGAAUAAUUUACCUAGAGAAGAUAAUAAUUUUUUAACAAAAAAAAAAUUAGAACAAAAAGAAGAGGAGAAAGAAAAUAAAGAUAAAUCGAUUUAUUUAUUUGAAAACGAAUCCAUUUCGCUCGACGAUUUUAAUUUAAAUUCUGAUGAUGAUGAUGAUAAGGAGGAAAAAGAAGAAAAAAAUAAUAAUAAAAAAAAGAAAAAUUACAACAAUAAUAUUAAUAAUGAUGAUGAUGAUGAUGAUGAUGAUAAUUCCUUAUUAAGUGAUGAUGAAGAUAAACUAUCCGAAUUAUCAAACAGUGAUAAUAAUUCUAAUAAUGAAAAAAAUAAUAAGAACACCAAACUUGUAGAUAAUGAAGAAAAAAAACUAAAAGAAUAUUUAAAAUAUUCUAAUGUAAUAAAUUAUGAAUUAAAUAUAGAAGAAAUAAAAAUCUUACAAAUUUUAUUGUUACAUAUAAAUGUACCUCGUUUAAAUAAUUUUUUUCAACUAAUAUUAUAUUGCAUGUUAAAUUCAUUUUAUUAUAAUAUGGAUUAUGUAUGUGAAGAAGCCAAAAAUUAUAUGAAUAAAGAAAACAACGAUAAUUCAGAUGAUGAUAAUUAUAAUAAUCAAAAUUAUAGUGAUGAUGAUCAUCACGAUCA